UCCCUGACCGAUUGAUGUUGGAGGACCCGUGCUUUGCCUACAGACAGUGGACCGAUCGACAACUGGCCGGGGGAUGUUAGGUUUCUCUGUGCAGAGCUAUUUGAGCGUCAUCUCGACGCCAUUUGCAAUGGGCCAUGGCGGGCGGAGGCGGUGCUAGCCAGAUUAAUUGAGGAGGGUAUUUACUAUUUAGGGUUGCCAAAGGAUUUUUCAAUUUGCUAAUGUUGGAUAAUGGAGAGGGCCAGUAGGCCAGCACAACUGGACUGGACCCAUGAUGUUUCCAGUCUUGACUCUUCUCUUGAGGUAAUAAUGGGACAAGCUUUGUAGUCCGGCCUUGGCCUUCUGCUAUCUGCUGUGUCAGUGUCCAUCCAACCGCUUCCAAAUCAUUAACCUCCCAUUUUACUUUAGACCCCGGUGUACUGAAAAACUGCAUCUCAGAACUCCUAUCCUUUUUUCUUAAAUAAGGAAGAAUCUGGUGAUUAAUUUACUACAUUUACCACCAUAGAAUUAGAAACCUCAGUGGGAGUGGGAGCUCAGGAUGAGCUGUUUCCUGCGUCCUGAGUCGCCUGAUCCGGCCACGCUGCGGUGGCGGCAGCUGCAGAGCAGACUCGCAGCUAUCACCAUCACGCUCGCUCGCUGUCCACGUCGCCCUUAACAGUUGCUAACUAUUGCCACCUGGCUUAUCAUUUACGAACAAAUUGCAGAACAGAUUAUCCGUUUAUACUGGUCUAGAAUGUAGACUUGGAAUGGUUCGACGACCCGGAAAAGGUGUUAAACCGACCAAACAGUUACAGUCUGCCGCGGGAAAUAAAAGUGUAAAUCCAGAAGUUAACUACCAAGUCACGAAACAUAAUGGAAGUUGGAAAUUUUCAAGUUUGAAGUUCCACUCCAAACUCCAGUUUUCUCUCUCAACUCGCCUGAGGGGCGAGGGCUAGCCGCCCACAUGGACUAAAUUACAAGUGAAACCUUCCAGAGUUGCAGUCCAAAUUCCGAUAUUUCGUUUAGUCUUUCCUUCUCUCACUCCUCUCCCUGCCAUGAACGCUCCGCCCAAGCUCUGCUUCUUGCUUAUAUCGUUUUGGUCUUUUGAGUUCUCGCGUAACAGUGUGCAAAAUCUAACAAGGAAUAGGUUCAAUUCAUGGCGGCUUGGUAACAUGAAAUUCUCCAUCUUCUCUACCAUCUCAUUUGCCGCUCUCCUCUUUGUUGCUCUCUUUGCUGGCAGUACUCUCUGCAAUCUCUUCCUCCAUGAUGCUGCAUCAAGACACAAACGAGACACCACCCUUGUGUUUCCUUCCCACAAAGCUCACCGGCAAUUCAAGUCAAUUUCUUCACCUCUAUCGCUGCUUUCUGUGAAACGGGAAGUAGAGGAGGCUUGUAUCAAAGACCCUCCUCCUUCGAUCAAUGUCACCGAGCAGCAAGGAAUAGCACGGUUUCAUAGAAAGCCGCUGGAAUUCGAGAUAUUACGGCCAACCGCUUUGGCCCGGCAGUUUGCCAGGCGAGCCGGGAAGUUCUUCCAAAGCCGGUGUGAGAUGAAGUUCUUCAUGACGUGGAUUUCGCCUGCAAGAACCUUCCGUCGAAGAGAAUUCUUUGCCUUAGAGAGCCUCUUCAAAGCCCACCCUCAUGGAUGCUUGAUGAUUCUAUCUGCAACUAUGGAUUCUAGACAUGGAGGCCAUAUCCUGAAACCGCUGCACGAUCGUGGUUUCAAAGUUCUCGCGGUCACACCAGAUUUGCCAUAUCUCUUUGAGAACACAGCAGCUAUUACCUGGUUUGAUGAGAUCAAGAAAGGGAACAAGGAUCCUGGUGAAAUUCCAUUAGCCCAAAAUCUAUCUAAUCUGCUCAGGCUUGCAGUUUUGUACAAGUAUGGGGGUGUUUACAUGGACACAGACUUCAUAAUCCUGAAGAAGUUUUCAGGUUUGAGGAACUCAAUUGGAGCACAGAGUAUGGAUGCAGAGACCGGGAGCUGGACCCGGCUUAAUAAUGCUGUUCUGGUGUUUGAUAAGAAUCACCCACUUCUUUUAAAUUUCAUGGAGGAAUUCUCCAUCACUUUUAAUGGAAACAAAUGGGGAUACAAUGGGCCAUAUCUGGUUUCAAGGGUGACACAGAGGGUGGAGAAAAUGCCUGGGUAUAACUUCACAGUCUUGCCACCAAUGGCCUUCUAUCCAGUGGCUUGGAAUAAGAUAGAUGGGUUUUUUCAGCGACCACAAAAUCCAGCAAUGUCGAGAUGGAUAUCAGCAAAGCUGCAUCAAUUGAGUGGAGAGACUUAUGGAGUCCACCUCUGGAACAGGAUGAGUAGAAGAUUAAGAAUCGAAGAAGGGAGCAUCAUUGGAAGAUUGAUCUCAGAUCAUUGUAUAAUAUGUGAAGACAUAUACAGUGCUUGAAUAAGCUCCAUGAGAUGGAUGGGCAGCAAAGCUGCUUCAGACAGGCAGGAGAAAUUUACAGUCGAAGAUGUGUGAAUAUGCAAAAUAACAUGUCGAGACUUGAGACUUGAGAGAAAACCAUAGGCGGAUUAAUCUCAAACCAUAGUGUAAUUUCUGAACAUAUACAGGGUGCCUGAUGAUGUUACCUCAGUUGGAUGGCAGCAAAGCCUACCAGCUAAGCAGGUGAGGCUCAAAAAGUUGACCUCUGUAAUAGGCAUAUUGUCAGUCCUAGAAUUGAAUAGAGGAGCAUUAUUUUGGUGGGUCGCAGAUGAUUUUGGUUUAUCAAGUAAUUAUAGUUC